UGUUCUCAUGAAUUGAAGUGUUAUUGAUUAUUUAGGAUUGGUGUGGUAAUGUGGCUCCAGAGAAGCACCUUCUUGCUAUUGCAUAGUUCUGCAGAAAAAAGUGCAGAGUGUGCUCCCCAUUCUGCCCCGAAACCUCUGUGGCAAAACAUCACGUCAUUAACCAUUUCCACUUUCGUCACGUGUCUUUGUCAGCAUUUUUCACUGUCAAGAAAUUUCAACAAUUCAUAUUUUUCCAUUGCAGGAUGGAACCUUGAUUUCAGCUGAUUUAGAUUUCUUCUGUUAUAAAAACCCUAGACCUGGCAAAGAGAACCAUGCCAACAUGAACAUCUCUCUUGUCUUUGCGAGCCUCAUCUGCCUGGCAACUCCUCUGGGGAAUGCCCUCCGCAUCGUGCAGCCGUACCACGUAGUGGCGAAUGACGGCCAGGCCACAGUGAAGUGCGGGUACAGCACCCCACCGCGCCCCACCCCGCAGGAGCUGCGCGUCACGCUGCUGAAGGGGCUCCACGGGGCGGAGGCCGUGUGCGGCGGCUACGUCAACUCCACCCACCGCAGCGUCCGCACGCCGGAGCCCAACGCCUGCCAGGCCAGCAUGAGCGAGGACGGCCUCAGCGUGAGCCUCUCAGGUCUGAAGGGAGACGACACUGACAUGUACCGCUGCGUGGUGGAGGUCAUAUACCCCCCGCCCUACAUGAAGAGAGUCGGCAACGGCACCCUGGUGUAUGUCCCAGAGAAGCCAGACUGCUCCCUACCGGAAUUCCAGCUCCGCACGCAGAAGCAAGCAGAGGAGCAGCCGUCGGCUGUGGACCAGGCGACCGGACCGACGCCGACCCAGGAAGACAGGCACGACUGGAAGGUGCAGUGGGUGGAGCUCCCCUUACCUCUGGUGAUGACUCUGGGGAUUCUGAUAGUGCUGUCAAUCAUCUAUCAGAUGGCCGGGAUUAGACACACCAGAAGGUACAACACGAGCACACAGCCCCUGCAAGGAGUGAGGACGCCAAAGAUCAUUACUUGACCUGACAAAUGAAGUCCUACAAAUUAAUUUAAGUGUACUUUAUGAAUUUGCUGUGCAAGUGAAUUAAUUUAACAGUAAUUAUAUAUUAUAUACCUUAGUUUUGAUAUUAUAUAUUGUUUUGAACAUGGAAUCAGAAAAUCAUAUAUUGAUUAACUGACAAAUGAAUUGUUUCAUUGAUUAACAGAUUCUAAAAUGUUUGGAUGCUUUUUUGCCAUCUCUUUUCCUCUAACCUCCUCUGAUUUUUCAAUGCUUUGGGGUUUUCAGUUUUUCUGUAUUAUAACAUAAUUAUGUUUUAAUGUAUAUGAUCAUCAUGCUGUGAUUGUGACAAUAAAGAUGGGACUGAAUCGUGAACUUGA